UGCUUUGUCAACAGAAAAAUAUUGGUGAGAAUUUACCAGGUUUUUCGUAUUUGUGCUCUUUCCAAAUUAUCCAUGUCUGAGAUUGCAAAGUGUUUUCCGUCAUGUCUUUGUUCAAUCACAACUCACUCAUUCAUUGCUUUUUAUUCUACAGCCUCUUGUAACCUGGUCAGAAAUUGAGAGAAUUCAUCAUUUAAUUCCCUUUUGUUUAUCGUAAAUGCCUGCUUGAAGAUCUUGUGCAGUAUUUCUAAGAACACUUCAUAAUGGAAGUGUUAGGAAUAGAGGCUUAUUAGUCGUUUUAACUCCCUCACUCACAAAUCACCGAUCACUAUUUGGUUCCAGAAGUGAGGAAAUACCGUAUCUUUUAACUACCUUUCCUUUAUGGUAAGUACAUGCUUAAAUGUUGUGGAUUUUUUUUUCUGAGCACAUAUUACAGUAAAGGAAUCAAAAGCUCGUAGUCUUAUCUAUCAAUCGAAUUAUUAAAGCUUUUGAUGUCAGGUAUAGAGAUCAGUUGGCGAUUUCGAGCCCAACGCGUGAUUCUCAGACACAUUUUCGUCACCACCACCACUACUACCACCGCAACACCAGUUUCAAGACACGAUGUUCCCCAAAUAAGGUGGCCAUGUCAGACAUCUUGGAGGGCAGCAGUGGUGGGUCAGGCGGUCUUGUGGUUCGCAAAGUCCGGGACAAUGAUGCCACUUUCAAGCGACCAGCACCUCCGCGUGGCUCCUUGCUGGGCCUGGAUAAGCUAGCAGCACUGAGGAAAAAGAUGCGUGAGGACAAAUCUGACACUCUCCCAUCCUCCAAACAUAAACAUGCAUCCUCCUCCUCCUCCAGUGAUUCGGAUGAGGAAAAUGGUGUAGGCCAGAAAGUGAAAGGCAAGGAGAGGGAGUACCGUAGUAGGUAUGAUGAGACGCCAACCUACACAGGUGGAGUGGACCGAGCAGCACGGGAAAGGAUUGCAGAGAAGCAGCGGCAGCAGCGGGAGAGAGGUGUGGCAGCCUCCAGCAAGGGCAAGAAAGAGAGAGUUGAUGGCCGCAGUGGAGACAGGAGGCCCAGAGAUAGAAAUAGAGACAGAGAUAGAGACAGAGAUAGAGGCAUGGGAAGAGACAGGGAGAGAAGCCAUCUCCGCCGUGACUACAGUGAGAGGAGCGUACGGCGUGAUGAGUCUGAACGAUCCUUGCAUGACUGGUCAGAACGAUCCUUGCGCACUCCAAGAUUCUCUGAUGCCCCAGAGACGCCUCGCAUCCCUGGAGUGAAGGAUACCCCAUCUCAUUCCCCUUGGGAUGAAGACGACAACACGCCCUACAAGGUGUCCUCUUGGGACCUGCCCACUCCCUCCAGUGGCCAGCGGCGCCACAAGGACAAUGACUGGUCCCUGCGAGGAGUCCCACAGCGCACUCCCCUGCCCACACCCUCCUACAAGGACAACGCUUGGAUGGAGGGACACAAGGCUGCUGCAAAUUUUGAGGAUGAGGAGGAGCGUGCACGCUGGGAGGAGGAGGAGCGGCGCCUGGACCGGCAGUGGUAUGCACUGGACCAGGGCUAUGACGACACCAACAACCCCUUUGCCGAUGUGUCUGCCGAGUAUGAGCGGAAGAAGACAGAGAAGGUGGAGAAGAGCAAAAGGAAGAUGAGCGCCAAGCAGCGUCAGGUUCACAAGGACAAUGAGCUGUGGGAGACGAACCGCAUGCUGACCAGUGGUGUCGUACAAAAAGUGGAUUAUGAUGAAGAUUUUGAGGAGGAAUUUACCAAUCGAGUCCAUAUCCUGGUGCACAACAUCGUGCCGCCCUUCCUGGACGGCCGCAUUGUGUUCACCAAGCAGCCUGAGCCGGUGGUGCCAGUCCGGGACUCCACCUCAGACAUGGCCCAGGUGUCCCGCAAGGGGUCAGCUGCCGUGCGUGCCAGGCGGGAACAGCGUGAGCGGCGCAAGGCGGCUCGCAAGGAGUGGGAGCUAGCAGGCACCCAGCUGGGGAACUUGAUCGGUGUGAAGAAGGAGGAUGAGAAAGACGAUCGGCACAUUGAGGAGGGACAGACAGACUAUAAGGCAGACCAGAAGUUUGCUGAGCACAUGAAGGGUACCAGUGAGGCAGCAAGUGACUUCGCACGCCGCAAGACGAUCCAGGAGCAGCGGCAGUUUCUUCCCGUGUUUGCCGUGCGGGAGGAGCUGCUGCGGAUCAUUCGGGAGAACUCGGUGGUGGUGGUGGUGGGUGAGACGGGCAGCGGCAAGACCACCCAGCUGACCCAGUACCUGCAUGAAGAUGGCUACAGCUCUCGGGGAGUGAUAGGUUGCACUCAGCCACGCCGUGUGGCAGCCAUGUCUGUGGCCAAGCGUGUGUCUGAUGAGAUGAGGACUCGCCUCGGGGAUGAGGUGGGGUAUGCAAUUCGCUUUGAAGAUUGCACCAAUGAACAGACAGUCAUCAAGUACAUGACAGAUGGCAUAUUGUUAAGGGAAUCACUGCGGGAGAGUGAUCUGGACCACUACAGUGCCAUCAUCAUGGACGAGGCACACGAACGCUCACUGAGUACCGACGUGCUAUUUGGUCUGCUAAGAGAGGUGGUUGCGCGUCGCACCGACCUCAGGCUCAUUGUCACCUCAGCCACCAUGGAUGCCCACAAGUUCUCAGCUUUCUUUGGAGAGGUUCCUGUCUUCAACAUUCCCGGUCGCACAUUCCCUGUGGAAACGUUCUUCUCCCGGCAUGUGGUGGAGGACUAUGUGGAGGCGGCAGUGAAGCAGUCACUGCAGAUCCACCUCCAGCAUGAGGAAGGCGACGUGCUGGUCUUCAUGCCGGGCCAGGAGGACAUCGAGGUGACUUGUGAGCUGUUGGUGGAGAAGCUGGCGGAGAUUGACAAUGCUCCACAGCUGGCUGUCCUGCCCAUCUACUCCCAGCUGCCCUCGGACCUGCAGGCCAAGAUAUUCCAACGAGCACCAGAUGGCCUUAGGAAGUGUGUGGUAGCCACCAACAUUGCCGAGACGUCCCUCACCGUGGACGGUAUCAAGUACGUGGUUGAUUCAGGCUACUGCAAGCUGAAGGUGUUCAAUCCCAGGGUGGGUAUGGACGGUCUGCAGGUGUAUCCAGUGUCGCAGGCCAACGCCAACCAACGCAAGGGGCGAGCUGGCCGUACGGGCCCUGGCAUGUGCUACCGUCUGUACACAGAGCGGCAGUACAAGGACGAACUGCUAGAGUGCACCGUGCCAGAGAUCCAGCGCACCAACCUGGCCAAUGUCGUGCUGCUGCUCAAGUCCCUGGGUGUGGAGGACCUGCUCAAGUUCCACUUCAUGGAUCCCCCACCACAGGACAAUUUGCUCAACUCCCAGUAUCAGCUGUGGACUCUGGGGGCUCUGGACAACACAGGCUUGCUGACACAACUGGGCCGUGCCAUGGUGGAGUUCCCACUGGAUCCAGCAUUGUCCAAGAUGUUGUUGGCCGGUGUGGACAUGGCCUGCUCUGAGGAGAUUCUCACCAUUGUGUCCAUGCUGUCUGUGCCAGCUCUCUUCUAUCGGCCCAAAGGACGUGAAGAAGAGGCAGACGCGAUGAGGGAAAAGUUCCAGGUACCAGAGUCAGACCACCUCACCUUCCUCAACAUCUACCGACAGUGGCGGCUGCAGCAGUACUCCUCAGGCUGGUGCACCAAGCACUUCUUGCACUUCAAGGCUCUCAAGAAGGUGCGAGAGGUGCGGCAGCAGCUGCAUGACAUUAUGGACCAGCAGCGACUUAGCAUGACCAGUUGCGGCACGGAUGAGGACCUGGUGAGGAAGUGUGUGUGUGCCGCCUACUUCCACCAAGCAUGUCGACUCAAGGGCAUUGGCGAGUAUGUGAACCUCCGCACAGGCACACCCUGCCACUUGCACCCUACCUCGGCACUGUUUGGCAUGGGGUACACGCCUGACUACAUCGUGUACCACGAGUUGGUGAUGACCAGCAAGGAGUACAUGCAGUGUGUGACAGCCGUAGAGGGUAAUUGGCUGGCUGAGGUGGGUGACAAGUUCUACAGUGUGAAUGAGGGUGGUGCCUCGCGCAUGGAGAAGCGGAGGCAGGCAUUAGCACACAAGGCGGCCAUGGAGGCAGAGAUGGACCGCGCACAGGACACUCUCAAGGCCCGGGCUGAGGAGCGCAAGCGGCAGCAGGAAUCAGCACGGCGCCAGCAAGUAUACGACAUGGGUACACCACGCCGCCAGAACACCUCAGCACGGUUUGGCAUCUGAGUGCUGGGUCAGGAUGGCUGGGCACAUCAGAACUCAUCAGUUAUUUUAAUUAUUCUUAUUUUCAUGUGAAGUAUGUAACUAAUUGAUUGCAUUAAAAUUUUCCUAUAAAUUCUAUAUUUGUACAAAAAAUAAAUUUUUUUAAUAAAA